AUGGCACCAUUCAAAGGUACGCGAGAUGUCGUCCAAGGCAUUCGUCACAACUCUUACGACACCAUCAUUGUUGGUGGUGGAUUGGCGGGCUUGGUGCUUGCCAAUCGACUGAGCGAGGAUGAAAACAAGAGAGUGUUGGUGCUCGAGGCUGGCGCCAACCACAUGGGCGACCCAAGGAUCGACACUCCCGGUUUGAUGGCAACAUUGUGGGAAGACCCGGAGUACGACUGGGGCUUCUGGUGUGAGCCGCAGAAACACCUCAAUGGCCGUCAGAUUCAGCAACCGCGGGGAAAGCUUCUUGGAGGCUCGUCCGCCGUCAAUUAUACCGCCAUUCUCUACCCUAGCAGUCGCAACUUCGAUGCAUGGGAAUCCCUCGGCAACCAGAGCUGGUCGUGGGCCAAGAUCAAGCCAUAUUUUCGCAAAUAUCACACAUUCGAAGCUGGUUCCAAGUCGACAUCCGACCUACUGGGUUUGGACAAGUACAUGGACCCCACAACGCAGGGAACAGACGGUCCGCUGUCCCUUACUCAUACAGACACCUAUGGUCCUUUCAACGCUGCUUGGAACCAAGUAUUCGAUCGCUUCGGCAUGAACGACUCUCUCGAUCCCAUCGACGGUGUCAAGCUAGGUGCAUUCACGCCUCCCAACUGCAUCAAGCAAGACGAAAAGACUAGAUCCUACUCCGCUUCAGCGUACUACAAUCCAAGCGUCCAGGCACGUGCAAACUUAGAUGUUGUCACUGAAGUUCUCGUCUCCAAACUACUUUUAGAAUCACACGAUUCUGCCGUCAUUACCAAGGGCGUGCAAGUGCAAUGUCGCGAUGGUUCGCUGCACGAAGUGUAUGGAAAAGAAGUCAUCCUCUCUGCUGGUUCAUUUCAAUCCCCGCAGAUCUUAGAGCUUUCGGGUAUUGGAUCGAGCAAGGUUCUCGAAAAGCAUGGCAUCACGCCUGUCGUAAAUAACCCAGCAGUCGGUGAAAAUCUCCAGGACCAUGCCUUUGCUGCACUCUCAUUCGAGGUAGCCGACGGCCAGAUUUCUGGAGACGUAUUUCGCGACCCAAAUGUCAUCGAAGCGUUGCUCAAACAAUACACAGAAACUCGAACAGGUCCGUUCACGGGUAUGCCAAUGAGUGUGGCGAACCUGCCAAUGGUUGGACCGGAUGGCGCUAUGACAGAGGAAGCGACGCGAAAGCUAGCCAGCAGCUUCCUAGAUGACACCUUGCCAACGCUGUCGCCCAGCCAGAAGGCUCAAUACGAACAGCUCCGCUCCCUGGUCCUUGAUCCUAAGCAAAGUUCCUCACAAUCUGGCAUCUUGGGGAGCCAGAUGCAUUUCAAUCCUGGCAAGACAAGUAUGAGCCAAGCUAUGGCCAAGCUUAAGCCAGGCAAUUACAUCUCAUUUACAGCUGGCCUCCAGCACCCGUUCUCACGCGGCAGUGUUCACAUCCGAAGUGGCAACCCUCAAGAUGCUCCCAUCAUCGACCCCAAUUACCUUGCGCAUCCUCUAGACGUUGAAAUCAUGGCUCGCUGCAUCCAAUUUGUGGCGACAAUCGCCACCCAGAGUCCUAUGUCGGAAUUGCUGAAGCCGGAGAGUCAUCUCCCAGAGGGUGUUGAUUUUACGUCGCUAGAGGAUGCACGCCGGAUUGCGCGUGAGCGGCUCUACACAACCUUCCAUCCCACUUCGACGUGCGCAAUGUUGCCCAGUGAGCUUGGUGGUGUUGUGGAUGACCACUGCCGCGUGUACGGUGUGGAGAACCUCAGGGUCGUGGAUGCCAGUAUCUUUCCUAUGAUUACUCAAGGCAACAUCCAGGCGACUGUAUACGCGGUCGCAGAGAGGGCUGCUGAUCUGAUCAAGGGCGACUGGGAAGCGUCAAAAGAAGGCUGCCCUUGA